UUUACCGAAAAUGUUUCAGAUACCGGAUCUAAUGAAACUACGUCGAGUAUCAACAAAGACACGGGGACAGCCGGCAGCAAGAAUGCGAUAAUUGCGAACAGGGGACUCGUAGACACUUCCAAGCAACGAUGUCCGACGUCUUCGGGCAGUGGAAAACGAAACGUCGCAGAUCCUCUUAAGAGAAACAACACAAACGGUUCAAAACGGGAAGAGGAUGAUGGCAGCAAGAGACAAGUGGUCGACACAAGUUGUACCAAGCGUUUCUCGAAGACGUCGGCGACGAAAUGUUGUUCGAAGGACGUACCGAUGUCUAUGAAGCCGAACAAAAAACUCGGAAACGUGCUCGCCCCGAAGGUUCAGCAGGCGAGAAAGCCACGCUCCUAUUUGGAGCUUUAUCGUCGGAGAUUCAGUGGACCACAAUACAAGGCUCGAUCCCCGGAGGGUUCCACCUUGUCGGUUUGCGGAGACAGCGAACGAGAGGAGCUCACUGACGACGAUACACGUUCGUUGGCGACCCCGAGGGACGAUCAAAGCGAGCUGAGUUUUUAUCGACGUAUAAUCGAGGGAUCUACCGAUCCUCUGGCCUCUGCCAAUCGAUCCGCUAAAACUGUACGUCGACCAACGUUCCAAGACACAAACACUAUCUUCUCCAGCUCGAACACAGCUAAGUACAGUGCGCCUGACGAUAAAUCGAAGAAGAGUCUCGGAUACAAGCCGUAUACCAUCGAGGAGUACAAGACCUUGCCGAUACCGAAGCUUGAUCGAUCUCUUGGGCCCGAUAAAAUUGAGAUGCAAGCGAAGAGAGAGUGGCUGAUGCGGCGAAGGUCAUACGGGAACUCAGUUAGCGCGCGUAAUCGCCAGCGGAUACUGCUGCAAGCAUACAGGACCAAGACGAGGGAUGCUGUCGCUGAAAAAUGCUUCCUGCCUCCUUUGAAGGAUCAGGAGGUCGAUGCAAAGAUGCAAGAUGACUCGAUGUGUUCGACAAUAAUCGAGGAUCGAGGUUCAACUAUACAAACACAUAGCGAUACGAAUGGCGGCAGAUAUUCAAAGAAAAACAUUUGCAAGGUAUCAUCGUCAAGAAGGUCUAAGAAAUUCGAACGAACAUCGAGUUUCUGUUCGUCGUUAAAUUCGUACGGCAUCAUUGAAGAUUCAUAUUUGGAGUCCUUGAGGCAACGUCAUCUUUACGAGAAGGAGAUGAUAGACCGUAUUAUAAACCAAACGCUACGCCCGUAACUAUAGGGUGGCAUAACAUCAUGAAUAAUUUACUGCCUGUUCAAAAAGCUGUGAGGAUAAAGUGUGUUUUUAAUUGGAUCUUAAAUAAAACGGAGGACGGCUACGGCGUCGUGAAAUUGGAAAAUUUCACAUAAAUGUGAAAACGUUUCCUUUGAUACAGGUAAUAGGAUGAAUCGUGGACUAUUGCAGGCAGUUUAACGAGGUAAAGGUAACGUUGUUGUCAAUUUGAAUUUAAAAAUAUUAACAAACGACGAACGAUGUACAUUUUAUAAGCUUAAUUUCAAUGUAGAAAAAUAUGCGAAACAAAGUUUAAUUGUCAAACGUUCUACGCUCGACGACUAAACUCGCAUUCUUUAUCGCAAUUUGCAAAAGCUAUGACAUUCUCCUCGUGGUAGCUAAGAACUCGCGUCAUUGAUUAUAAUUUGAUUUGACAACGAAGAGUACAUGUACAAUUUCAUCGGGAAAACGAGUCCUCGCUAAAUAAAAAAUAUGUUUAAAGCGGUUGUGAAAGCAUUUACAUAAAUCAGUCCAUUGAUGCGUACGUCCGUUGAUCGUCCAUCGUUUCUUCCAAUCGCUUCUCCCAGUCUCAAUCGUUUUCUGCUAUCAUCGCGCGACUUUUCACGGACAAGACGUUCUCAAAUAAAUAAAUCAUAUACUCCAAUGCCGCACACUCUAGAGAUUAGACGAUUGAUAAAAUAUUCAAACGUAAUUCCAUCUGUGUGACUUAUUCAUUAAAUGUUACCUCAGGAUUCAUAGUUGAUGGAACGGGCUGGCGGCCGUGGCGCGGCACUUACGCAGCUGGUCAGGCAUAACUAU